AUGAGUAACUCUGGCCUUGUUGUUCCAGGGAGCGCCCCCGCCAUGCAGACCAUUCCUACCCCCGACAAGUUGCUGAGGUCGAACGAUUCAAAAAAUAUCUCAAAUACCGAGCGCAAAUCAUGCGGCCUUGUCAAUUCUGCAGCUCGCUGGUUGCUCCACAAUCAAAUUUAUAUUUCCCUCAACCUCAUCGCGAUUCUUUUCUGCAUUCACGCGUUUUUACCUCAGACCCAACCCUACACAUCGAAGCUUUUCACAAUCUCCCACUACAAUGAAAGAACUGGGGAAUACGGCGUCGGUAGCGAUGACUUCCUUUUUCUUGCGUUUUGCGUCGUGUUGUUCACUUUCCUUCGAGCAAGCUGCAUGGAGUAUGUGCUUCAGCCGAUAGCCAGAUACUGUGGCGCAUCGACAAAGAAGGAUGUGAUUAGAUUUUCUGAGCAGGCAUGGCUGUUGUGCUACUACUCUGUCUUUUGGGUGCUUGGUGUGUACAUAUAUGUCACAUCGGAGUAUUUCCUGAACCCCCGAGAGAUGUUUACAAAUUGGCCAACACGGGAGCUCCCUGGACUUGUUAAGUGGUACAUAUUGAGCCAAUGGGCUUUCUGGAUCCAGCAGCUCCUUGUGAUCAACAUCGAAGAGCGCCGCAAGGACCACUGGCAGAUGUUGACCCAUCAUCUUCUGACAAUUGGUCUGCUGUAUACCUCGUAUACAUUACACUUGACCCGUGUCGCCAAUCUGGUAUUGAUUUUGAUGGACGUGGUCGAUAUUUUCUUUCCCCUUGCCAAAUGCUUCAAGUAUCUUGGGCUUUCCACAUUACGAGACGUCAUGUUUGGCAUUUUCAUGGUAUCUUGGUUCUUAGCCCGGCAUGUUUGGUACGUGACAAACAUGUACCAUAUCUGGGCUUACAUGCCAAAUAUUGUGAAGAUUGGCUGCUACCACACCUCGGACAAUAAGGUGGUGACGGGUCCAACUCCGCUCCCUGAAGAGGGCUGGUCGCAUAUGUUUGAAGCAUUUCUCAAUCCCUCGGGCACUAUUUGCUACAGCGACAGUAUACGAUGGGGAUUCCUGGGCUCUUUGGGUGCUCUCCAGAUUAUUACUUUAAUUUGGUUCUUCAUGAUCGUCAAGGUGGCCAUCCGUGUGGUUCAAGGCAAUGGUGCCGAUGAUAUUAGAAGUGACGAUGAGGAUGAAGACGUCGAAGAGGAAAUACAAGAGAAAGGCUGGGGGCAAACAGCCUCCAAAGUGGGUAUGGACUCUGACCUCAAGGCAUUGAAGCGCAAUGCUGAGGUCGAAGGGACUGCGUUUUCGACUGGAGCAGGCUUCUCGGGACGCUGGGAGCGCAAGGGAUUGCUCGGUCGAGUUGGAUGUGAGAGGCAAGUUGAUUGA